CUGCUGCUGGUGUCGUCGUCAUUAUCCCAACCAGAUUGCGCUCAUGGCUCAGUCCAUCCCUUCGUCGAAAGGUUGGACCGGGAUUCAGCUGUGACGAACCUGUUCCCGGAGUUAUCCGGUUUUGGUCUCCGUACCUGCAGUAAAUGCGAUGGAAUGAGCAUCGCUUGCAUGUGGGAUCUGGUCGUAUUAAGCGGCAGAAAAGAUUUCGAGACCGUUUUUUCACGGGUCGUUUUUAUUUUUAUUUCGGGGGUAAGUAUGAGCGAGCUGCGUGUAGAGGAUUAGUGAGGCCAAGUCUGUGUUGUGGAUCCAGGAUCAAAUUUUCCUGCCCAUGCUCUGGCUACCUCACGCACAUUCAAAGCACAGUUGAGAAUUCACCUAUUCUUGUAAUGAGACAGGUGCUUGCAGGGAUCAAAGGGUAGCAACGCUAUCCAUCUGCCAACCCCAACCCUCCCUCCUGCCCCAUCGUGCGCCUCAGUGUGCGUUGCGAUUGGGAAGGAGAUGAGGCUCCAAAGCGACUCUACCAUUUUUUUCGUUUUCCAAAACUUUCUUAUUAUGUCAGUUGUGCAAUCGAUGAAUGGUUUGACCCGCAUCUGGUGGGCGUUUCGAAGGCUGGUGGUGGAGGACAGCUUUUCUUUUCGGGUGAUGGGUUAAGAGGUGUGAUGACGAAGUAUGGGAAUGCGACAUCUGGUAGUUCACCUCCAGGCGAGGUGGUAGUGGUGACCCCCGCAACAGAAACCUUCAGCAGUGAGAGUUGGCGGCCAGAGCCUGGUCAUGUGGUGGUCUUAGCGCCAAUUGACACUGACGGCGACUCGAAACUCCAACGCGCAGAGACCGCCGAUGGCAGUCUCCCUGAAAGAGUGGCGCUCCUCUCAGGAUGGCGUCGGCACAACGAGGUGGCGUCGUUGCAAGAGGUGAAGUCAUCCAUUAAGGUGCCCGAGGGAGCAUGGUAUAAGAAGGUGUUCGCCUUUGCGGGCCUUGGAUUCAUGAUCAGUGUUGCAUACAUGGGUCCAGGAAACUGGGCCACAGAUCUCAGCGGAGGUGCUGCAUUUGGUUACACGCUACUCUCAGUCAUCUUUUCGAAUUUUACUGCCAUUUUCCUCCAAUCCAUGCCCCUGAAGCUCGGUAUUGUGGCGGACCGUGACUUGGCACAAGCAUGUCGCGACGCAUAUCGCAACUACGUGGUGUGGUUCCUGUGGGUUAUGACGGAAAUCGCUAUCGCCGCGGCAGACCUGGCGGAGGUUAUCGAUUCCGCCGUCGCCAUGAACCUCUUGUUCGGCCUCCCCUUGUGGGCUGGCGUGUUGAUCACCGCUGUGGAUACGAUGUUCAUCCUCGCGUUCGGAACCAGAAGUUUCCGAAGCUUGGAAGUAAUCGUCUUCCUCCUGUGCAUACUCAUUGUGGGAGUUUUUGUCUAUGAGCUCAUCGCUGUGAAACCGGAGUGGAUCAAAGUUGCCCAAGGGUUGUAUCCCAAACCUGAAAUCAUCACCAACCCAGACAUCCUUUACAACGCUAUCGGCAUCAUCGGCGCUACUUGCAUGCCCCACAGCUUGUAUCUCCAUUCAAGCAUCAUCCAGACGCGCGCCUACCCUCGCACCAAGGAAGGAAGGAAAAUGGCAGUGAAGUACGGCAGAUGGGACUCGACCCUUUCUUUGAUGCUUGCCUUCUUCGUGAACGCAUCCAUUCUAAUCCUCGCUGCUGCGGCCUUUCAUUACGGUCCUCACGUCAAUCGCGAGCUCGCUAACCUCAGUGACGCGUACAUGCUCCUCGCACCUGCUUUGGGCAACAACGCUGCAAGAAUCCUGUUCGGAGUCGGCCUACUCGCGAGUGGCCAGAACUCGACCAUCAUCGGCAAACCAGCUGGCCAGAUCGUGAUGGAGGGGUUCCUCAAGAGCAGAAUCAAACCAUGGCAGCGACGACUCGUCACCCGAUCGAUUGCGAUCAUUCCAGCUGCGAUCGUCGCGGCUAUUGGCGGAAACAGCGGUGCGGGGCGUUUGCUGGUCCUCAGUCAGGUCAUUCUGUCCUUCACUCUGAUCUUCGCCGUGGUACCGCUGGUACAUUUCACUAACUCCCGUCCCAAGAUGGGCCGCUUCGUCAACUGCAGGAUUGCGAGAAUCUUCGCAUGGUUCGUUGCAGCAGUAAUCGGCUGCCUCAACCUUUUCCUCGUGGUGCAAAGUAUUCGUGAGGGGUCGUUCGGGGAGUCGGGCCACAUCUUAGGCACAAGCCUGUGUCCAUCAGUCUGAUCCAAGUCGGUGCCGGCACUGUGUUGCUUAACCGCGGUUGUUUUACCGACUACGUCUUCCAUUUCUAGAUGCGAAUGAUUCACACGACAUGGGAAGAAGUCGUAGUUGAUGUUUCUCCUUCCCCUUCCGAGUCAACCUCUGGAAUGAUCCCGAUGAUGGGGUGGAUCGAAGAGCUCCAGUUAAGUGAAGUAAAAUCAGGAAAAACGUAGUAGAUCUGUCUCUGUACAAUCAGUCGAUCAUGCAGCUUCAUUGCUCAGUCUUCCACGUCUGUUGUGAGUAUUGUGCACAACCGGGACAAGUGUGACUGUGUAACAAGAUGGAUCCACGUUGUGUUUCCCCUGUCAUGCUCGUACUCUGAGUUGCCGUUGUGUGUCAUGCUUGCCAUAGCCUUCUGUUGCCCACAUGGAGCUGAUAGUGUGCAUGUUGCGUCAAAAACUACACACAACAUGCAGAUUCUUUUGCUGUGAAACAGUUCUUCGCAAACACUCAAAAUAACCGGAAUAAUACGCUUUUCUUCUUAAAUCAGUAA